UCUAUUCACGUUAAAAAGCAACCACAUUCCAGGAAUCCUGGUUUGCAUAAUGUUCAUAUGUUUGCUCUCUCUCUGCCCACAUUAACCUUUCCACAGAUGGUGCAGUUCAGAGAGCCAGAGUUGGGGGCCUGAGACAAAAACUGCCUGAGCUUAAAAACCAUGUGUGCUGUCUCUGUGGGACACAUCAGCAAAUACUCCUGGCCACAUCUACAGCUCACCAAAGACCCAAUGAUCUCAGCAUUAGAGAGGCAGAUCUUUGACUUCCUUGGUUUCCAGUGGGCUCCUAUUCUUGGAAAUUUUCUGCACAUAAUAGUUGUCAUAUUGGGUUUGUUUGGAACCAUUCAGUACAGACCUCGAUACAUAAUGGUGUAUACAGUGUGGACUGCCCUCUGGGUCACCUGGAAUGUGUUCAUUAUCUGCUUUUAUUUGGAAGUAGGUGGACUCUCAAAGGACACCGAUCUAAUGACAUUCAAUAUCUCUGUACAUCGGUCAUGGUGGAGAGAACACGGGCCUGGUUGUGUCAGAAGAGUGCUGCCUCCCUCAGCCCAUGGCAUGAUGGACGAUUACACGUACGUCUCCGUCACAGGCUGCAUCGUUGACUUCCAGUACCUGGAGGUCAUCCACAGUGCUGUCCAAAUACUACUCUCUCUGGGAGCUAGAAACCAUCUAGAUGUCCUCCAUCAGUUGAAGAGAAAAGCCAACAGUCACACUGAAAAGAGUAACUGGAAGCAUCUGGACCCCAGGAUGAUGUCACAUGUCAAUACCACAAAAGUUGGUGGGUUUUGUGUAUGCCUGUUAUGUGAUCAGUAUUUCCAUGGAAGAAGAAGACACAUGUCGAAAUAAGUAAUGACAUUGAACCAGAAAUGCGGCUGCUGAACUUGACUUAGGGAGCAAAGGACCAUUGACUGCGCACCUCGGUGGAUCCGACCCGCCUCACGUUCCUUCCAGAGGCUGGACUGUGCUUCCUGGCUUUCCCACGAAUCAUGGAGUUCUUUGGUCACAGCCUUUGUAUUAUUAGCAUUGUUCUCUAGAUGAGUUCUAGGUGCUUCGGUGGGUAAUUUUUUAGUCGUUUCCUUCUUAUAUGAACACUUGUAAAUUGUCAAAAAAAAAAAAAAAAGAAAAAAAGAAAAGAAAAGAAAAAAGAAAAAACAGAAUUUGGUUUUAAAUUUUUAACAAUAUUUAAUGUGAGGCAUGCAAAAUGAAAAAUCAAAUCUGUGAAAACCUUCUACAGUCAAUUCUAAGAGAAAUCUCAGUGUGUGCUGUGGAGAUAUUAAGUCAGCACUGCUGACUGUUGAAGUUAUUCCAGGCCUGAUGAAUUUGUUUUAGCAGACAUUACCUUUGGUUAUCAGCCACCAAGGUAGACCCUGUGACAGCUGAUAAAUGGGUACAAAUAAUGGAUUCAGCUUUUGAAUUGAAUAUGGGUAAUUUUUUCAAUGCCAUAAAACAAAACAUGGAGUCCUCCUUUGUUCUUGAUGUCUUAAAACCCAGAACAAUAUUAUGGCAAUCUAAAUUUUCAGACUUGUGCAUAUGUUGUUUUUCCUGAUAUAUACACAUACAUAUAUGUAUACAUAUUGUGGGCACAUGGAAGAAUAAAAUGAUUAGUAGAGCCCCUUUCCCCUUUGGAGGGAAUAUUGGUAUCUCUGAGGUCCAUAUUUUCUAGUCAUUAUUCCAUUCCUGACACUGCUAUCAGUCCUAAACAUAUAGCUCAUACAGCUUGGGGGAUAGAAAUCACAAACAUAGACCUGCAGUCAGGAACUUUGCUCUUAGGAUAUUCAAAAGAAGCAUGAAACUACUGUGGUAUUCUUUAUAAAUGCUUCUAAAGGAGAAUUCACGUUUUAGCAACAUCAGCUUUUCUUUCUCCUACCCCUUCCCAAAAACCAAGAAAAUGAUAUGGGAAGCAAUUAUCGGUGGGAAAAAAGAGUGUCUUGAAAAUGCAUCACAGUUGUGUUUUUUUAACUGGCACAAAAUUUACAUAUGGUAAAAUGCACAAUUAUUAAUGGUAUGAUUUGAUUAGUUUUGAGAAAUGUACAUAUCCAUGUAACCAAGGCCUCAAUCAAAAUGCAGAACAUUUCCGUCACUUUAGAAAAUUCCCUUAUGCCCUCUUUCAGGCAAUGCCUACAUUCUCACAGACAACCACUGUACUAAUUUUCAUCAUCACUGAUAAUUUGAUCUCUUCUAAAUAUAAAAUAUAUACUCUUUUCACAUCACUUUUGCCCACACUUCUCAAUCACUAUUUUUUAUAUGAAAAUAAGUUUUGCUCACUUCGUUUAACAACCACAGUGAAGCUCCCUGUAGGCCAGAAAGCUGCGAAUAUGUGGUUGUUAACUCAGCCCGUGCAUCUCUAAGAAGUCAGUCUAUUAACCACCUAAAACUGUUACAAAUGUUUGUAUGUGUGUAAAAGUCUUCUUUUCUUCUUGUUCUUCUUUUGGAGCCUGUAGGUUUCAUGAGACUCUGUUAAGAAUCAGAGUUUAAUGUGACAAAAUUUGCCUUCAUUCCUCCAAGCUCAUCACAACCAUGGUGAGCCAUUUGGAGACCUAAUUUACUCACUCCAGAUUAUACCCCUUUAAUCCACUGGUACCCACAAACUCCCAUCACUUUUUAUUCUACUUAAUACAUCCAAAGCCAAAUAAAGAAAAGCUGGCAGGGACUUUGAAGAUGGUGGAAUCUAAGCUACUAUUCUGCAGAUGAGGGGGCUGAAGCCUAAGGGAUUUGGUGAACUUGUCCAGAGCCUGUAUCUGUACACAGUGUCAAGAGCCAUAGCCAGUGAACAGAGAACAUGGGAGCAAAAGUUGGGGUUUGGGUCCUAUCCACCACCGUGUUCUUGGACAGUGUUUGACAUCUCUGCACUACAGUUUUCCUCAUCUAUAAAAUGGAACUAUGAUCCCUACCUCCCAAAGGUGAGGUGAGAAUUUAAUGAAAAUUAAAAAAAAAAAAAAUCUCAGUACACGGUGAAGCACUCCACAAUUAAAGGAGGUGAUUAUUAUUAAUAAUGUCAAAACACUCCCCUGUACCCUGUCUGGAGCUCUUGCUUUCCACUCAAGCACUAUGAAGAGCCGACGGAAACAACAAACUCUGUUUUUUAAAAAGCAGCUGGGAAAAUGUUGCCCAAGUUUAAAUGAUUGGAAAUAAACUUAAAAAAUGCUUUAAUUUAAAAGUAACUUUUAUAUUCAAAUUCCAAAACUAAUGCCAAUAAUUAUUUUUAGUAUUGUUACAAUUAUUGAAAAAGCUGAUAAAACAUCAAAACUGUAGAGGAUCAGUAAAACAGAAGGAUAAAGUGAGUAUUGAAAUAUUUUAAACUAUCACUUAAUUACGCCCACACAUACACAUGCAAGUAAAACAUGGUUAACAUUUCACAAAAUAGAACCAUACUAAAUUAUGUUUCUAUUUUAUCUUCACAUGAAUUUGUACAUACUUCUGGUAGGCAUUGCAGAAUCUGAACUUUGUCUAAGUGCAGAAAACAGCUUUGAGGAGAAAAUCCUUACAUUAGUGAUUUGUCUAUUAGUAUGCAAUAUAGGCAGCUAUUUAAUAUGGUAUAUAUGUUUUCAUUUUUAAUCUUUCUUGACUUAAAUAUGAAGUUAUAACUGUUUCAAUCCCCAACCUCAGCCAUCCAUAAAGAUUGUCCUAAAAUUCUGGAUAUUUGCCACUCAUCAGAAACAAGUUAGAUUGAUCUGCCACCUCCUCUUCUCUCUUUUCUUCUCCCCGCCUCUCAUCUUCCUGGCUACUCUUUGGGGGCUAUGCUUCUGUAAGACAAAGGGAAAAAUAGAAGUGCAGAGUUGUACAAUAAUACUCGGCAAUUAUCCAUUAAUCUGGGUAAUUCCAAUGCAGUACUGUCACAGUUACUGUUCCAUAGAAAUGAGCAUUUGCAGUUCUUGCUUUUGCCUCCAGUCUUAGAGAAUGCACUCUGCAUUGUGCAUAUCCAUUAGGGUUUUCAGCAAAGACGUGGUCACUACAUGCACUGUGUGUUCUUGCCAAACCUCAGCUUCUCCAUAUGCAAUUGUGUGUCAGAUCAGAGUAAGGGAAAAUGAAUGCACCCCUUAGCUUGUAUUCAUUGGUCAGAAUCUUAACUAUCUUAAGAGAUGGUGUAGUUCUAGAUUCAAUAGCUCUCCUCAGAAGUGGCCCUGGCAAAACUGAAGAUAGGACAUCCACUGCUCUUUAGCCUCUAGUGCUGACUGGAAUGGAGACGUGAACAUUUAAAGCCUGUGUUUUUCCUCCUGGAGCCACCUUAGCACUGAGUCUUGUAAACCUUGGCCAGCCCUUCCCCAGGCUGUGCCUUCUAUCUUGUGUGAAUGAUGCAUCCUUUCUUAAGUGUCUUCUGCUGACCUCAUGCAGCACCGCAGGAAGUUGGGAUGCUUUCCAGCUUACUUUUUCUUUAUUUGAGCUUCUGGUCAUGUUUCAAAGCCAGCAAAAUCUAAGCAAGGGAGUUAUAGGGAGGGUUAGAGAAUUACCAAAGGACACAAAAUGUCUUGGGGUGUGGAACAGCACACAUCAGAGAAAUCUCAAACAUCUCUUAGGAAAAUCUCUAAAUGUGUAUAUCCCCAAGUAUCUUAGCCUUCCACCUGCCACAUAAAGUGAGGGUACGUGUCCCUCAAAUGAAAAAAAAAAGGAAAAUACACUUUCUCACCACUUCAAAUCUGGGAGGUGGUUGGCUCAUUUGUUUUGAAGACAACUCGACAAUUUGCCCUAGCAAAAUACUGACUUCUUUGAUUUUUCCUUCAGAAAAAUAAGCCCUGCUAUUCCUAUAGACCUAAAUAAGGGAGGCAGCCAGCUUCAAGAGGCUGGCUCUAACAAAAUAUAUGCCAAGGCUGCCAUCUGUCUCACUUAAUGAAUGGGAAACUCUGAUUGAGAAGAAUUUGUCUUCAUUAAAACCAGCUAAAAUGUACAUUGCAAAUCUGAGGAAAACCAUCAUGACUCCUUUCUAAAUUGAGAAGCAAAAACCAAAAUUUCUCUUUUCAAUCUUUGCAAAUUAAAAAGGAAUCUUGCCGAGAAUAAACAAAUCUUCAUUUCUUACUUAAUUUAAAAACGAAUGGGGUCCCCAAAUGUGGUCUAUUCUGGCUAAUUAUUUUUUAAGCAAAUUCUCGCUUAGUCUUUCUAAGUCACUUUAAUAUGUAACUAGGAUAAAUUUCAUAGUUGAUUAGAAUGCAAAUGUUCUAACUUGACAUUUUUGCCCAAGAUACGUUCUUUCCAGGUGUAGCUGAAUUAAGUAGGAAAAAUAUAAAUAAUUGCUCUUUUAAAACUAUAGCAACUUGAAUGCCUGGGUUUUACUUCCAUCUAAUUUAAAAGUUAUCUGUAACAUUUGUUUGAUAGAAGAUCUGUUGAAGUGUCUAAGAACCAUGUUGAAAUAUUUGUGAUAAACAGGCCCACAACUUAAGGAUAUCAUGCCCAAAAGUGAACUGACAGUGGAAAGUACUCCUCAUGUAACUACAUAGUGAGCAAUUUAGAAAGGGAACAGAUGACCAGACACAGUGGCCCAUGCCUAUAAUCCCAAAGCUUUGGGAAGUUGAGGUGAGAAGAUUAUUUGAGGCCAGGAGUUCAAGACCAGCCUGGGCAAAAUAGUGAGACCCUAUCUCUACAAAAACAAACAAACAA